GUCUACGUCAUAUUCACUAUGGCGGAGGUUGGGUGAGGAGUGGAGUGUAUCAGUUAAGCGGCGCUGUGUCCAACUAGCAACAUUGCCCGCGACAGACGAACACGGUGCCUGCAAAAUGGCCCUGAACCCCAAGGCGGAGGGGAAAAAAGACUCAGAAUGUACAGAGACAAACGAACAAGUCAGGCAGAGCGGCGAUAGCAAGAGGAAUUCGCUGUCAGCCGCCACCUCGGCCACAUCCAACCAAAAUGGCGAUCAGACUGGAUGUGAAGAGGGUGCAAUGCCCCAACAAGAAGCCUCUGAUCGGCGGAAGAGCGGGCUGUCUGAAGCCAGGAGUACCAGUAAUUCGCCUUUGCCAGGCCAGAGACCCGCCGAGGAGCUGCCACGAAGACAUUUUCAGAUCCCUAGGAAGAUAAAAGAACGGAAAGGACUGUACCAGUUCCUGCCUCCUGACUCGCGGGAGUUUGAGGACCUGGUGAAGAUCUUGUCCUCCUUCUACCUGGAUAACUCAUCACGAGGGACCUUCUCCUACUCCAAGGCCAGGCUCAUUCACAAUGAGCUGCUGGAGAAAGAGUUUAUUGAGAAGAGGCGGGAGCUGAAACAGGAAGGGAGGACCGAGCCAGAGCUGCUGGAGUCCUACUGCUUCCUGUUUCCAGAUAAGUCCAAGCUCCCGUGGAUCUGUGAGAAGGGUCUGUCUGUGGGCCACACCCGGAUCACCACACUAGGGAGCACCUCCAUGGGUGUUUAUCUUUCCAAAUACUCGGAUUUGCUGCAAAUGAAUCCAUUUGAAGUGGGAGCUUGUGGAGACAUAGUUAUAUUCAAAGUUAUGAGGGGCCGUUUGAAGAGCAUCCAUGAAAAUAUGCCCAAGAGUGUGAUUGAGCCUACACCCAAGUUUGACUGCCAUGUGUCCAAAAACGCCACCAGGGUCACCUCCUUGCUGUCAUACAGAGCCUUUGAGCUAACACAGCAAUAUUACUUUGAGUUUGCGUUUGAUGAGAUCAAGCCUCGGCCCAGGCAUGUGUGUCCCUACGCCGUGGUGUCCUUUCAGUACAAAGGGAAGGAGGCUGCAGUGGCCCCUAUGACAUCUCAUAGGUUCAACACGAGCAGCUGUGAAGGAAGCAGAGGACCAGUGAGGACCUGUUACACUGUGUGGAGUGGCCCUCUGGUCAACAAGGGCCAGGAGCUGUGCCAGGUCUGCCUGCGCUCCUCUACAAGGCCCUACCUCCCCUUCAAACUGUCAGAGAAGUUGGAGUUGAGCCGGGGCAUGCAGCUGGAGCAGGCAAAGAGGAAGAUCCCCUCGGUGCUGUUCUCCUGGGAGACCUACAGCAGCACACGGGAAGUGCUGAAGUGCGGGAUGUACUGCAGCCUGUUUGAGGUGGUCAGUGGGAAGGGCAAGGCCGGCAGUGGCAGCCUCUCAGGACUCCUCCACAAGCUGGAGCGGGACAGGAUGGUGCUGGUGAAGCCCUUGUUGGACAGAGGUUUUCUCUUCUUGCUGUCAUCGGCUCAGAUGGUUAAUCCCAAUGAGCAGCGGGGGCGCUUUGGGCGGAGCCUACAAGCCCUCUUCAUCUUCCAGGAGCCUAGGGGAGUCAUCAAACACACCUCCAGAAUGUCUGAGCCAGAGCUCCUGUCUGCUGAGCCCCAGCCCCCCAUGUUGACCUCCAUGCAGCCCUUCGUCCCAGCCCUCCACUACGCCCUUCUGAAGCUGCGCUCCAACCCAGGCAAAGACCUGAGCUCUGGGGUGGAGCGCCAGGCGCAGGACUUCCUGAGCCGCAGGGAUAUUUGCCAUUCCCGGCACUUCCAGGUGCCGGACUACAAACCCAACCUGGACGACCGCAGCGACAUCCCCCCGCCCCCCCGGCCCAAACCCAACAUGGACAGCCAACUGCGCUCCUACAUCCACGGGCCUGCCUCCUAUAUCCUCCCACUGGCCAAGGCUAAAGACAUGAUGGAGAGGAUACAGCAGCCCUCUGCGCCUGCCCCCAUCCCCGCUCCGACCCCCGCUCCGACCCCUGUCCCCGUCCCUGCUCCGGCCUCCACAGACUACAGCCCCGUGUCUGACUGGGGGGGCUCAGGGGGGUCCGACAGGCCCGAGAGGCUCCCUGCAGACACGGACCGAAGGAAGCCGGGCGCGUCCCACUCGAACGGAGGCCAGCCUCACACUCGGCCUCAGCCCCAGCCCCAGAACGCACGGUCGAGGAUGAGCCAGAACGAGUACGACAAGGACAAGAUGAAGCAGCUGCUGAAGCUGAUCCAGCUGCAUAAGAAGGCCCUGGUGAAGGAGCCAGGGAAGGAGAGGCCAGACGGGGGGAGGGACGCCGCCUCGGACCCCCACAGCCUGAAGAGGAAGCUGGAGGAGGAGAACACAGGCGGCAUGUCCAAACACCUACGCUCUGACCCCCAGGGCAACGGAGAGCCCAGCCAAGCCCACGGAGACGACAUCCUAGAGGAAGGCAGCCAGAACCUGGCAGCGGUCAUGGAGAGCAUGGGCAUCUACGACACUGACCUGCGGGACCGGGGGGGCGCCCAGGGAUCCUCCAACAAAAACACCCAGCAGCUGCUCAAGAUCCUGCUGGACACCCUCAACAAGGCCGUGGCCCAGGGGUCAGCCGCCGAGCAGCCCGACCCAGUGGAGCCCUCACCGGGCACGGGGAGAGGGGAGCCUGAGCUGGGCCUGAGGAGACCAGAACAGCCACCCAGACAGGACUGCCUUGAGGAGGAGGCUGUGUGUAGUCUUGGGAGUCCCAUGAGUACCUGCUCCAUGGAGGAGCAGCCCCAUAGCUCUGACCAUCCCCCCUGGGGUCUCCCUCCACACCCAGACAAGCCCCAGACCCUCCCAGACCCCGUGGCAGACGGCCACCUGCAAAUGAUGGAGGCUUUGGAGCCCCACCAGCUUCAGUCUCAAUUACAACUUCAGCCUCAGCCCCAACUCCAGCCUCAUCCCCAGGCUCAGCCUCAUCCCCAGGCUCAGCCUCAUCCCCAGGCCCAGCCUCAUCCCCAGGUCCAGCCUCAUCCCCAGGCUCAGCCUCAUCCCCAGGUUCAGCCUCAUCCCCAGGCUCAGCCUCAUCCCCAGGUCCAGCCUCAUCCCCAGGGCCAGCCUCAUCCCCAGGUCCAGCCUCAUCCCCAGGUUCAGCCUCAUCACCAGGCUCAGCCUCAUCCCCAGGGCCAGCCUCAUCCCCAGGGCCAGCCUCAUCCCCAGGGCCAGCCUCAUCCCCAGGGCCAGCCUCAUCCCCAGGUCCAGCCUCAACGCCCUUGUAGCAGUCUCGACAACAUCCUCAACCAGGAGCUCCACAACUUGUCCUCUGGUAUCCAGACCAUUAUGCAGAGCCAGCACAUCUACUACACUUCCCAUCAGCCCUCACAGCUGCUCCAGAGAGACACCUGGCUCCCCAACAGCUCCUUUUCAGACUUUGUGUCCGCCUACGUCACCCCGGUGCCAGUCCACGGCCACGUCACAAUACUGCGGGAGAAGAUUGGCAAGCUCAUCUCCCAGCCCAGUUUUCACCACAUGGACAUGACCAAUGCACAUGGCUUAGCUCCCCCACCACAUGGCCACUACCCCCCUCCUGUGGCAGCUGGGUCCCUACCUUCUUCCUCCCUUCACUUCAACUCAGAACCCCCCAUUCCUUCUGUACCUCCCCCACCUCAUACUCUCAAUAUGGUCGCCUCCCAACCUCCCAUGUCCCACCUGCCGCCCCCACACUGCCUAGCCCCUACCUCUGCCCAUUCUCCCGUCCCGACCACAUCAGCCCCAAAGACCAAAGCACACACCCCUCAGGUCAAGAGCUCCUCCUCUCAGCGUCCACACAAACCCUCAAGCAAGACCAAGCCAGACCUUCUCUCCACAGAGGACAACCGCACAGAUGUCUACUCACCCUCCCAGAUCACCAUGGACUCUCCAGACUCAAACCAAACUGGAUGCCCCGUGGCAGGGUCAACCCCUGCUACCUCUGCCCCUGCUGUAGCCCCAGCCCAAGCCUCUCCUGCCCCUACACACGCCUCUCCUGCCCCUACACACGCCUCUCCUGCACCUGCACACGCAUCUCCAGCCCCUGCUCCAGCCCCUGCUCCAGCCCCUGCUCCAGCCCCUGCUCCAGCCCCUGUCCCAGCCCCUGCCCCAGCAACUGCCUCAGUCCCAGUCCCAGCGGCCAACCUGCUGUUCAGCCAGCUGAAGCCGGAGGUGUUCAGCAGCCUGGUGGAGAUCUUUAAGGACGUGCAGAAGAACACUGUGAAGUUCUACAUUCACCCUGGAGACGAGGGCGAGGAGAGUGCCAUCUGUGUGGAGAUCAAGGAGUACCUGAAGAGCCUGGGCAACGCUGAGUGUAAGCCCCAGUCCUUCCUGGAGAACAGCAGCAACCUAGACAAGCUCCUCAUCAUCAUUCAAAAUGAGGACAUCGCUGCCCACGUCCACAAGAUCCCUGCCCUGGUGUCCCUGAAGAAGUGCUCCACCGUCAGCUUCGCCGGCGUGGACAGCCUGGAUGACGUGAAGAACCACACCUACAACGAGCUGUUUGUCUCCGGAGGGUUCAUCGUGUCAGACGAGUUUGUCCUGAACCCAGACUGCAUCACCCAAGAGCGCCUGCAGUCCUUCCUGAGGUUCCUGGAGGAGCAGAGCUCCCCAGAGCACCCCUGGCAGUGGAAGGUGCACUGCAAGUCCCAGAAGAAGCUCAAGGAGCUGGGCAGGUUGAACAGUAACGCCAUGGGCCUUCUGAACCUGCUGACGGCCUAUCAGAAGAAGCACCUGGUCGAGUUCCUGCCUUACCAUGAGUGUGACACCCAAUCACGUCAGGCCCCCGACCUGGACUGUCUGGUCAAGCUCCAGGCUCAGCACACCCAGCAGCGCCACAUGAUCUUCCUCACCGAACGCCGGUUCGAGAUGUUCCUACAGUACUCCAGGAACGGCAUUGUAAUAGCGAGCAUCGAUGACAUCAUGAAUAGUUUCCACAGCCUGAUUGGCGGGAUCAAUCAGAACGAGCUGCCCACACCGCCCUCUACUGUAGUGAAUGAUGAGUGUGUGGAGGAGGACAUGUCCCUUGACUCUGAUGACGACACCCUGGCGGUAGAAGAGACGCCUGCUCGGAUCCAGGAAGGGGGUCUGGAGGAGCAGACCCAGCCCCCCCCCCUCCCUGACACUGAGGAGUUCCGUCCUCCCCUCCCUGACCAGCUCACCACCUCCUCCGGGGAGCACAACCCCUCCUCUAUGGCCUACUCUGACUUGGCUGCUCUCAAAACGGCCAUCUCCCAGUUCAAAGCCAACAACCAGGUGGGGAACGCCUCCCCUGGGGGGUUUGCAGUCAACCCCCACCAGAGCUUCCUGUGUCCUUCCACCCCGUGGACCUCCUUCUCGGGCUACGCCGCCUCCCCGGCCUACCCCGCCUCGCCCUGCAGCGGCACGCAGGAGCAGGACUACCGAGCCCCAGCCUCCACCUCAACUGCUGCCCCAGGCCCUGCCCUCACCACAGGGCCUCUCACCGGCCAGACCCCCCUCCCUUUGGAGGUCAAGCCCCCGCCUCCGCCCCACCUCAUGCAUCUGUAUGUGUCAUCCAAGGCCCUGUCUGGAUCCGACCCCGCGCUGGCCGGGGCUGGAGGGGCCUUCGCUAUAGGCGGGAGUAUCAGCACACUGCCCAGCACAGCAGCAGAGGCCUCUCCCUCCCCCCUCCCUGCCACGCGAAGCUACCCAGACCCCACUGGGUACACCCAGGCCGAUGUGGCCCAGCACAGUUUCACUACUGGGGCCACCACCUGUGUAGGCGGGGCCACAACCCAUCAGGGAGACAGGACACUCAGCGGGCCUAGGAAUGGGGUGUGGGGAUCUAUGGGGAACAGCACUGGUGAGACCCCUUGCAGCCAGGGAGGGGGCAUUGCAGGACCAGUCUCCCAAAGCGGGCUUUCCCAGAGCGGGGAACUAGAAUGGACAGAAGCCCCUGGCAGCAGCACUCCUGGUAGUCAGGGGGACGGGACUCCAGUGAACUGUACAGACAGCCAUGGAGUCGGUAUUGGCAUUCCCUCUGCGGCCACUAGGGGGGGCUCAGUAGUCAGACCCAUGCUACCUACACACGGGGGGACUGGAGGUGGCUACGACUGCGUAGGUGCCAUACCUGGACAGAUAGAUGGGUCUCUGCGGGGGGGUCUGGGUCCUGGGUUGAAAGGGGGCUACCGAGGGAGAGGUGCCCAACCAGGAGGUUCCUGGCUCAGGCUGGGACCAGGCCCGGGGCGGGGCCACGAGCGGGGGGAAGGAACUGGAGGAGCACCUUGUUCCUGGGGUUAUCCCCUGGGGAGGGGGAGGGGUCAGGACUGCUACUCAGAUUACACAUACUCACACAACUACUCCCCCUGAACAGACAAUCAACAUUAACGAGGGAACAAUGUUGGAUGACAUACUUCAGAGACUGGUAGAGCUGUCUGAAUGUAAAUAUUUACUUACAUUUGAUCUAUAAGUGAUUGAAGGAUUCUUGUUUUUUUUUUUUUUUUUUUUUUUUUACAAAUAAACAAAUGGCAGUGGUAAGUGUCCUACUGGCGUGUAUGCUGUAUGUAUGCUCUUUCCAUGUGAGCUGUUUCACACCUUGUUCAAACCACUAUAUUUAUAUUUGCCAAGAAACGUGAUGGCCUUCCAGAUUCUCGGAAUAGUCGUUCAAUUUUCUGUUUGUCCCAAUUCUAAAAUGGUUUUUGAACAAGGGGGAAAGACUGACAAUAUUUUUUUAACAAAAAAAAAAAGUGAAACGCACUUCACUUUAGUUUUUUUUUUUUUUUUACCGGCUUGGUUGUUAAAAAAGAUAAAUGAAAAUGAAUAAACAUCUUUCAAAUCUUA